AUGAAUGUUUUCAUUUUGCACAUCUGGCUAUUAUUCAUAUUUAUUUUCCUCUUUUUUUUCAUCAUUCUGUUUCCCCCCCCUCCCCCCCAUAUAGAUUUUUUUCUUUCUUUGGAUUUUCUUCUUCUUUCUAUGUUCCUCUAUUUUCCAUUUUUUUUUUUUUUGUUUAAUUUAUUCCUGUCUCUGUCUCCAGAAUUCCUUUUCUUUCCACUUUUUUUUAUUUUAUUUCUUUUUUAUUUGGAAUUUCUUUUUUUUUCUCACUCUCUCAUUCACUUUACUUUUUUAUUAUUUUCACCUAAUUUUUCAUUCAAUUCUUUAUUCCUCAUUUUUUCUUCUUCCAUUCCUUCUUGUUUCUCUUCCUCCUCUUUUUUUUUUAUCUCAUUCUGCUUUUUCUUUCUAAGUAUGGAUUAUUCUUUAUUCUUAUUUCAUAUAAUUUCUUUAUUAUUUUUCUUGUACCUUUUCUUUUCUUUCUUUGAUUUUCCUUCAAUUUCUUCCUUUUUAUCUUCCAAAUUCUUUGCUUUAUCUUAUUCUUUCAAAAUUGUUUUCAUUCUUUGA